UAGAUACAUCCCUCAUUUGUCUUUCUUGCGCCGCCAGCAACACCACUCCGCUCAUUACCCGACCUGCAUCUAAUACACCGGCCAAUGUAUAAUUAAUCACGCUCGCUUUCUUUCAACUCGACCCAGCUUUCUGUUGUUUUAAUCAAACAAUUGGGUAGCCCGCAUCUGCCAGAGGUGCUUGGACAAUACAGUAUACCACAAGCCGUAUCUAGCGAAGCUUGAUCAACAAACAAUAUCAACACAAGGCGACACAAGCCUGCCAACAUGGCCGAUUACCAACGUCGCUCGACGCGACCAUCAUCAAGACGAGAAGUCCUUGGGCCCGGCGAAUCUCGCGCCAACAUAGAUUCAUCUGCGCACAGAAGCACGCGGUCCUCCAAAGUCCCCGAAAUAUCAUCACCCGCACAUCUCCCCCACAACCAGUCGCUCGCCGCCAAUGGGACACUCGACGUGCGAACGAGCAGCCCUGCCGCCUCAUCGACAAACCAGGAUCGCCUCUCCUCGGCUGCGCCCGAGUCCCAGAGAGCUAGCAAGCGUUAUUCCGAAAUAUCCAACUGCACAACCGCGUCGGGAUCGGGUCGCAAGAGUUUCGUUGGCCGAUGGCAACUUGGAAAGACGAUUGGCCAGGGCGGUUGUUCUACAGUACGCCUCGUCAGACACAAGGAUACUGGUCAGAUUGGUGCUGCCAAGAUCAUCUCGAGAAAGAUGGCAGAGACAGUCCGGGCCCAAAGUCUGGCCAACCUCGCCGAGAUGCCCGACAAAUCGCUGCAGGAUCUUGUUGCCGCUGGCAAGGCCAUGCCCCCUCCUCCACCAGGUCUCUUGCGUGAAAUUGCCAUCAUGAAGCUGCUCGACCACAGAAACAUCGUCCGGCUGUAUGAUGUCUGGGAGAACCACAAUGAACUCUACCUGAUUAUGGAAUAUGUUGAAGGAGGAGAGCUGUUUCAUUACAUUGAAGAAUGUCGCGGCCUAGGAGAGCAAGAGUCUGUCUACAUCUUCCGCCAAAUUGUCGCUGCUCUGCUCUACUGCCAUCGCAUGCACAUUCACCACAGAGACCUCAAGCCUGAGAACAUUCUUUUGGACCGUGAAAACAUUCAAGUCAAACUGGUCGAUUUUGGAAUGGCUGCUUUGCAACCAGAGGGCAAGAAACUGACGACGGCCUGUGGCAGCCCGCACUAUGCUGCACCUGAAGUCAUCAAAAGCAGACCCUACGACGGGGCGCGAGCCGAUGUGUGGAGCUGUGGUGUCAUCCUCUAUGUCAUGCUCACUGGAAUGACUCCGUUCAACUACGACCAGGACAGAAACCUCAGCGUUAUGUACCGCGCCAUCGCAGAGGCCGACUACUACAUGCCCCCAGAGCUGAGUCGUGACGCCCAGGAUUUACUGCGCAAGAUCUUCGUCCCUGAUCCACGCCGACGUAUUACUAUGGAGCAGAUCUGGGAGCAUCCUCUGCUUCACAAGUUCGAUGAGGAAUGGGGAUACACUGGACCUCUUGCUUCCAAGGAGGCCUGGGUUGGUCCAUCACCUAUCCUCGAGGACUGGACCGUUACGCGCGAAGCCGAGGUCGAUAAAGAGAUCCUCCGUAAUAUGCGCACUCUGUGGCACAGCGUGCCUCAGUCGGUUCUUGUCAAGAAGCUCGUCAGCAAUGAGCCAAACCAAGAAAAGCUUUUCUAUGCAGCUCUCAUGAAGCAUCGCGAAGAAAAUCUCGAGAACUAUCUCGGCGGUGCUGAUGCCAUCAGUUACUCUGCCAGCGACUACCAACACAACAAGAACGAGCCUAAGGAUCAGCCUCCGAUGCCGAACCAGAAGCAGCAGUCGCAAUCGCAAUAUUCCAUCAUGAACGAUGAGCAUCUCCGCACGCCGCAAGCUGUCGAUGAGAACCUACCCUCUGACAGCAGCUACGACCCUUACCGAUCCUCUCGCUACCAGACUACCCCCAACGGAACGCCAUACACCAAGGUCACGGUCCAUCGUAGAGGCGAGAGCAACGGAAGUCGCAAGGCAUACAUGCAGCAUAGUCUACGCCAUCCCAAUGCGCUUCGGGUCGAGAUGCUGAAGAAGAAUGGCAACUCAAUCUCUAGCUCCAGCCUAGUAAAGCAAGAGCACAGGAUGUCUAUGACCCGCUCCAUCUCAAAGGCUUCGACAUCCCGAAACUCGGUCGUCAGUUCUGUCUGGCCUAGCAGCCCACCCGUCAUGCCGAGAACAGUGAGCUCUCACAAGCACAAGAGAAAGGUCAGCUUUUCUCAUCAUCGCAAAAGCUCUCAAGCUGCCGUUAGCACCAACGCCUGCUUCACUCCGGAACUCCAGGCAAAGGCCAGAUUCUCUCAACUCUUGCACGGAAGCCCUACACCUGAUGCUAACAGCCCCUCCUGCCGUGUGGACAAUGCCAUUCGCUCCAGAAAGGACAAGUCUGUCACCCCCGGUCCCCGCACACGCCCUCGAAAGAAUUCGGCUGGUGCUGGAAGAACAGAUAUUCGCAAAGCUAGUAGUGAGCUCGAACAAGCCUGCGAAGAAGCUUUCAACAGAUGCUCAUUCAGCUCGAGCACUUUUACGACGACCUCAGCGACCGAGAAGGCUGGCUACGAGACUCCUCCAUCGUCCGUGUCUAAGAGGGAUUCUGGUAGCUCGAUCAAGGAACAUGCCGCGCCGCGCCCUCUGCCUGCUCUACCCACUGAUACCCCCAAUACCUUCAUCCACCGUACUCUCGAAGAGACACGCCACAAGUUGGCAGUCCGAAGCGCAUCUGAAGGCAACGAUGGCUCAGCGAAGAUCGAACAAGUCUUGGCCAACCUUGACAGAAUCAUGCCUGGCGACAAGCGCGCUGUCUCAGCUCCUGACCACCACUUGAUGGACAAUAGAGCACCACUGCCUAUCAUAAGCGAAGAAGGCAGACCCGAAGGCUCUCACGGACGUUCAGUCGACCAAUCCAGCAGAUACAGAUCCGUCACAGCUCCCAUGCCUGAAAGAACGGUCCGUAUGGUUCAACCCUCCUCGCCCAUCACGCCAAACAGCCCCUACAACUGGCGCUCUGUUGAGGAGCCAGGCUCGGAGAUGUCAGAACAUACCGUUGUCGACAAGAGUCGUUUGACUGUACCUACCGCAGACCCACGAAUGGUUCGUAAGAAGAGUAGCGAUAGUGGUGUUGCUCUGAGCCAAGUCUCUUCUCAAGGAUCACAGGACGGGACUGUGAAGAAGAAGUCUUCUUGGUUCCGCAAGUGGAAGGAACCUUCGUCAUCGGUCGAGGAGAGCCAAAAUCGUUCACGUUCGCCCAUGCCUUGGGAGGAGACCGCUCGUCGACCUGUCAAGCCUAGCGUGCUCAACCGGGAUAACAGACCACCCCACUUGGAUCUGAGCAGUGCGCAGGUACCUGCACCCAAGUCUUCUUCUAGCAGCGAAUUUCCCAUGCGUCGCGAGAGCAAAGGCUUUAGCAAGUGGUUCGGUAGAAAGAAGGAUUCGGACAAGCUAUCUCCGCCAGCCCCCGCUACCACUGGUCCUCUGAGUCCUUUCUCAACAGGGCCUCUGUCACCUCUACCGUCCACCACACCGACAUCAGCUAGUGCCGAGACAGCAACACGUUCUUGGUUUUCUCGAUUCCUCCGUCUACGACCCGAAGUCCGCACUUUGGCCUUUAAUGUCCCACGUACCCGAGCAAGAACUGAGUUGGUGCGCAUGCUUCGCGAAUGGCAACGACACGGUAUCAAGGAUUUGACAUACUUCCCUCAAGACAACGCCAUCACUGCAAGCAUUGACAAAGUCAACUCCUUGGGUAUUAAGCCGGUUACGUUCAGGAUUGAGUUGUUCGUUGUGCUCAAGAACGGCAGAAAAGCUGGCCUCUCCCUGGCGAGGUGCUCCCAGAUGCGCGGUGCUGCUAGCUCUUUCCGCAAAGUGGUUGAGGUUCUCGAGCAAGUUGGCAGAGAUCGUGGUCUGCUCAUUGACGACGAGAGUCAAUGGAAUGAACUCUGUGGAAUUUUGGCUUAAUUGGAGACGAACUUCUAUCGCAUCGCCAGAGACAUGACUGAAUGUGUCUUUGAUAGCGCAUGCCCGGCUACAUGCCACUACUCGGU